AGACAUCAGGUAACUCAUACAAGAGAGAAACAAUAUGAAUGUAAAGAAUGUGGGAAAACUUUCAAUCAGAGCUCAGACCUUGUAAGACAUCAUAGAAUUCAUAGUGGAGAAAAACCUUAUGUAUGCAACAAAUGUGGGAAAUCUUUUAGGAGCAGCUCAGAUCUUAUUAAACACCAUCGUGUUCAUACUGGAGAGAAACCUCAUGAAUGUAGUGAAUGUGGGAAAGUGUUUAGCCAGAGGUCACACCUUGUUACACACCAGAAAAUCCAUACUGGAGAGAAGCCCUAUCAGUGCACUGAAUGUGACAAAGCCUUCAGGCAGCGUUCCCUCCUUAUUCAACAUCAGAGAAUUCAUAGUGGUGAGAAGCCCUAUGAAUGUAAGGAAUGUGAGAAACUCUUCAUGUGGCGCACAGCUUUCCUCAAACAUCAGAGACUUCAUGCUGGAGAGAAACUUGAAGAAUGUGAGAAAACCUUCAGCAAGGAUGAGGAGCUUGGGGAAAAGCAGAGAAUUCACCAGGAAGAGAAAGCUCAUCAGUGUAAUCAGUGUGGUAAGAAUUUCCAGGGCAGCUCAGAACUCAUCAGACAUCAGUUAACUCAUAUGGGAGAGAAACCAUAUGAAUGUAAAGAAUGUGGGAAAACUUUCAAUCAGAACUCAGACCUUGGAAGACAUCAUAGAAUUCACAGUGGAGAAAAACCUUAUGUAUGCAACAAAUGUGGGAAAUCUUUUGGGGGCAGCUCAGAUCUUAUUAGACACCAUCGUGUUCAUACUGGAAAGAAACCCUAUGAAUGUCCUGAAUGUGGGAAGGCCUUCAGUCAGAAUUCACACCUUGUUAGUCAUCAAAUAAUUCAUACCAGAGAGAAACCCUUUGAAUGUAGCAACUGUGGUAAGGCCUUCAGUGGGUGGACAGCUUUUCUUAAACACCAGAAACUUCACAAUGGAAAGGCAUUUGAGGACGCUAAGAGUCUACAAACAGGACCUAUUCUAGUAGGUAGCAGCAACCUAAUGAAUGUAGCAAAACUAGGAAAAGCCUGAUGGAGACUACAUCUUAUUGCACUACAAAUGAGUUUUAUUGUUAGAAAAUUCAUUUGAAGGUGGGAAAGUAGAGAAAA